GUCCCGGACCUGGCUUCGUCGAAGUCCGAGAGCUUCGUGUCCUCCAGGGCCCCGUCCGAGCCCCCCUUGGCCUCGGACGACGAGCUGAUGCCCACGCCGCCCGUGAUGGAGACCCCGGACAUUGGGGUUUCCUUCGGCGUGGUGGAUACUGCGGGCAACCUCUACCUGCAG